AUCAUCUUACCGUGAUUUCAAAACGUCCAACAUCUUUUGAACCAAGGACUGGCAGGCGAAGCUCUCUGACUUUGGGCUCGCAAGAAGCGGGCCUGAGGGGGACAACACACACGUGUCCACUCGGGUGGUGGGCACGGUGGGGUAUGCGGCCCCCGAUGGUGCUUCUGGAGCUGAUGACUGGCCGGCUGGCACUAGACAAGUCAAGGCCCAAGGAGGAGCAGUCACUGGCAGAGUGGGUGGCCCUCUUCCUCGCUUCCCCCUCCAAGCUCUACCGGGUCAUGGACCCUGCUCUCUCGGGCCGCUACAGCGUGAAGGGCGCUCUGACGGCGGCGGCUGUAGCAAGAGACUGCCUCACCCGCAAGGCCAAGCAGUGGCCGCGCAUGUCAGAGGUGGUAACCACGUUACAUCCGGUGCUGGAGCUCUUUAAUAUGGCGGGAUUUGAUUCCUCCGGUGUUGGUGUGGGCGGCGGGCUAGGAGGAGGGGCAGGAGGGAAGGAGGGGGAUUAG